GGCUCAUUUGCAGUCCACAAGAUCUGCCCCAGUACCAAAACAAUGUCGAGAAAGCUCUUCUCCUUGCUACUAGUGGCGCUCAGUUUCUUCAUAAGGCACUGCUCAGCUCAAGUGACAGUUGAAGUGAGAGACAUCCAAGGGCCAGAAGAUUACACAGUGCUGGAGAGCUACACAUUCCCUGAGGGCUUCACCAACCCCCUUGACUGGUAUGUAACUCCCUAUGCCAGCUUACCUUCUGGAGAACUCACUGGAAUACUCUACCAGCCAAUACCUCAGACUGCAUGCUCAACUCUAGAGACUGUCAGUUUUUGUGAUUCAACCAAGUUUCCGAAUGUGUCUUGGGUCGGAGAAACGAACCUCACGAUGUGGGCUUUAGUGGAUGGGUACCAUACGUGCAUUAAAGACAAGCUUAAGAACGUACAGGAAGGUGGAUUUGACGGACUGAUUACAUUCAGCUACAAUGACUCUGAUACUGAUGUCAGCAAUCGUGUGAGGGAUGAACAUAGUGGUAUACAUAUUGACGUUCAGGCAACGGAGUUCCCUAUUAUCGUCGUCAGUGAACGUUUUGCAAACAUCCUAAGAAAAUUUACUCUGACUACAAUUAACAAUACCGACUGUCCCACUAUGGUGCUUAAUGUUCGAAGUGAUCCAACAAGACAGAUGUGGAUAGGAUUUGCAGUUUCCUUUGCAAUGGUGUUGGUCGUGGUGGGUGUACCAGUAGUGACUUGUGUGUGCCUUGUUUGCUGUGUCUGCUGCCUGUGUAUUGAAGGCAGGAACUGUUGUUGCUGUGGUUGUAGAGAGAGCGGAGUGUAUGAAGUGAACAAUGUCCAUGUUAGAGUUCUAGGAGAUGACCUAGUUCUUGGAGGACGACACUAUCUUGAAGAGGAAUACGAAACUGAAUUCAAUUUCGAUAACGGACAAAACAACGAGCUCCCUACAAUUGAAUUUGGGACAUUUCGAAGAGUUUUUGAAAACAAUUUAGAGCAGCCAAAAGCAAGGAAAUACGAAGCUGCUAAAGAGAUAAAUAUGUCGUGUGCUAUUUGCCUGGAGUGUUUCAAUGAGGAGGAGACGGUACAUGCGUUGUCAUGUGAUGAGCAUCAUGUGUUUCACCCCUACUGUAUUGAGAAGUGGCUCGGGGUCCACAACAUGUGUCCUGUGUGUAGAACUUAUGUUAUACAGCCAAACUUUUGA